AGGAGGGGCGAGUCGGGACUGUGCGGCGGAGAUCGGCGCAAAGGCAGCCGCCCGGUAUAAAGCAGCCAACUGCCUUGAUUGUGCCCGGAAGAACAUCCCCACCCUCCCACCUUCUCUCUGCUAAAGUGACCCGAGUCGUCCCUACAACUUGCCAAUCCUACUUCGCGAGUUACUCGUUCGGCUGCAGCUGGCGAGUUCAGUCCAGCAUCCGCUCCGGAAGACCGCCUAGCCGCUCGGUCUUUCCGUCCCGCAGCCCGACCCGGCCGAGCUCCUCACCCCGGUGCAACGCCCGAACCUGCGAUGUGCUGCUGAGGACCUGCGCCUUCCUGUCCUCACCGCCGACCGGGCUUUCCGGCUUCCAUUCGUGCUGUGGGCGCGUCCCGUCUGAGAGCCCGACCGCAACGAGAUCGGCUGUCAUUCGCGUCUCCUGCCAGCCUGGACCACAUUCCUUUGGCAGCAGGAAGUGUAGGCCCUGCCGAAUUGACGGGAGAUACGGCGCGCAGAGCCAUGACUGAACAGCAAGGGGCCCCGGCGCUGGGGGACUGGGAGAUCGAUGUGGAGACCCUGGAGCUAGAAGAGGGCGAGAAGGAGCCGCCGCCGCCCCCGCCGUCCUCGCAGCAGUUGCCGCAGCACAACGGACCCAGACCCCCACAACCGGGCGGGCCCCGGGAGGAGGAAGAGGAGGAAGAGGACAAGGAGGAGGAGGAGGAGGAAGACGAGGAGGAAGGGGCGGAAGGAGAGGAAGAGGGGGCAAUCCCGGGCCCGUCCCAGAAGUCGCUUGGCCAGCAGCAGCCGCCCCCCGCGCCGCCGCCGGAGCAGGAGCAGGAACAGGAGCGGCAGCCACCUGCGGGGCAGACGGAAAGAGGCGGCGGCGGCGAGCAGCGGAAGCUGAGCCGCACCCCCAAGUGCGCCCGCUGCCGCAACCACGGCGUGGUCUCCUGCCUCAAGGGCCACAAGCGCUUCUGCCGCUGGCGCGAUUGCCAGUGCGCCAAUUGUCUGCUGGUGGUGGAGAGGCAGCGGGUCAUGGCCGCCCAGGUGGCGCUCCGGAGGCAGCAGGCCACCGAGGACAAGAAGGGGCUCUCAGGGAAACAGAAUCACUUUGAGCGCAAAGCUGUCUACCAAAGACAAGUCAGGGCGCCCAGUCUGCUGGCCAAAAGCAUUUUGGAAGGCUAUCGCCCCAUUCCAGCAGACCCUUACUUAGGAGGGAAUUCCCCCUUGCCACCCCCUGUAAGUGACAGGAUGAGAAAAAGGCGGGCCUUUGCUGAUAAAGAGCUGGAGAACAUUAUGCUAGAGAGAGAAUAUAAGGAGAGGGAGAUGAUGGAAGCUACCCAAGCUGCCUUAUUCCUGCCUAACCGCAUGGUGCACGGAGCUGAAUAUAACACCUAUAAAACUGCCUUUAACCCAUCUCAAAUGGAAACUCCCAGCAAGGACUUUUGUAAUUUUUUGCCCACCUGCCUUGAUUUAACCAUGCAGUACUCAGGAUCUGGGAAUAUGGAGCUGAUUUCUUCCAAUGUCAGUGUGGCCACUACCUACAGACAAUAUCCUUUGUCUUCCCGGUUCUUGGUCUGGCCCAAGUGUGGCCCCAUCAGUGAUGCUCUUCUCUACCAGCAGUGCCUGCUAAAUGCCACCUCCUCAGUCCAACCUCUGAAACCUGGGACCAGCUGGGACUCUAAAGUCUCUCAAGUCCAGGAUGGACAAAACCCAGAGCAUGACAUGAUACCGCCCAAAAUCGAAAACUCGCUCUUGCCUCCUCAUGCUCGAGAGGCCCAACCGCCACGAAAUGAAAUUCAGUGUGCCCUUCAGGAGGCCCGUGAAAGAUCAGCUUUCUCUCCUCCCAAACGGAAUUUCUCACAGAUCUCUGAUAAGGACUCCCAGUCUCCUCAAGAGCAAGUCUUAAGCAAGAUCAGCAAAGAAAGCACCAAGCACCCUCUGCCACUCAAGUAUAAUCCAUUCCACUCAUUAUUUCAGCAAACACUUAAUGACAAAUCAGGACCUGAGUUUAAAAUACCAUUUGUCACAGAAUCUUUGGAAGAGGCAUCUAAGAAACACAGAGAAUGUUCAGUCAAAGAGAACCAGAAGUACAAAUUUACAAUAGACAGAUAUGCGAAAGACUUUUUUGCAGUCAAACAAGUUGGAACAAAACUUUCAACAAAUGAACCUCUGUCAUUUUCUGUUGAAUCAAUUCUUAAGCGGCCUUCUUCUGCUGUCACUCAUGUCUCUCAGUGAACUGCCACUUAAAUGGAAUGUUUAAACUCUGACAAUUUACAGAAUUCUUGUCAUCUGAUUUUUUUAAUUAAAAUUGUUUUGUACAGGG